GAUGAUUGCUAGCAUUCGCAAUGUGUUCCACGCGAGCGUUUUGGCAAGCACGGGCGAUGGUACACAUACAGAGCAAGCAGUGAGUAUAGAUAAUUGCAGAACAGUCAAGAUUUACCUACGCCUGGCAUUGGUUCGAAGACAAUGACUGAAAUAAAGGACGUCAAUGGGCCUGAGGAAGGAUCGUACGAAGUUGUAUCCCGCUUGGGAGAGGGCUCUUAUGGCUCCGUCCUGCUUUGUCGAGAGAGAACAUCAUCCGGGCGGAGGUUGGUCGCUGUCAAAUGCUUCAAGUGGGCGCAUACUGACAAGUUGGGGAUGCAACUAGCGCUCCGAGAAAUCCGGCUCCUGAAGAGCCUUGAUCACCCCCUUAUCCUUCAUUUGGAACGUGCCUUCCGUAGUCGCAACUCACACCUGUAUGCGGUGUUUCCGUACAUCGAGGGCGGUUGCGGCACCCGCAUACUGCACUCCAAGUACAUGUUCGGCCUGCCGCCUAAGUUGCUCAAGUCCUUCGCCUGGCAGCUGUGCCUCGCUGUGCGGUACCUGCACUCGCAGCAGGUCCUGCACCGCGACAUCAAGCCGUCCAACGUGUUGUUGACCGCUGAUGGCGCAAUUCGGCUGUGCGACUUUGGCCUAGCCCGCAAAGUGGGAGCGGCUCCGGGAGGGGCCAACGGGCUGGACUGCGGCCGCCUCACGUCAUACGUGCAGACGCGUGCGUACCGAGCGCCAGAGGUGCUGCUUGGACAGGAGUACGGCAAGCCGGCAGACGUGUGGUCCAUCGGCCUUACCAUAGCUGAGAUGGCUACUGGGCGGCCCCUUCUUCCGGGAACUAGCUCGCUCGAUCAGCUGUGGCGCAUCUUGGGUGCAUUCCCAGGAGGGCCCUAUCCGCCUCCGCUGACAGCCGCUGUGGAGGCUUUAAAACGCCUGGAGGAAUCUUCUCGCGCGCAGGCUGCUACUGCUGCGGAUACGGCCACGGAUGCUGCUUCAGGCACUUCAGCAGACCCCGUCGUCUCCGGUAAUACUUCAUCCGUAAAACAGCAGCAGCAGCAACAGCAGCAACAACAACAGCAGCAGGCCGCGAAAAGUGGCAAGACCUACAUGCCCGAGACGUUACCGGGCCGGCCGUUGCGAGAGCGGCUGCCAAGGCUGAAUCCCCAGGCGUUUGAGGUCGUUGAGGCGUGUCUGCGGUUGGAUCCUGCACAACGGCCAUCUGCAGAGCAGCUACUGGAUAUGCCGUGGUUUGAGGAUGUGCGGACGGACAUGGCUGAAAACGCAACGCUUGCGAGGCUAUACGAUUCACGCCUGAUAGAGAUGUGUGGUGCGGAGGACGACGGCAUUGUUGGAAAUGGAGAUAGCAAAGGCUGUCGCAGUCCCUACAACAGCGGCGGGGCUGGCGGCAGCCUUUCCAGGAGCCAUGGAUGGGCCAGUGACGGUGUUGGUCGGGGCUGGGGCCGCGGCGGUGGAGGCAGCAUCAGCGUCAGCAGUAACGGCAUGGGGCUUCAACACGACCUCUCGGCAGUGUCAUCAGCGCCAUUCUUUAAGCAGCG